AUGAAGCAAGGUCGGUCGAUAGGUCGAAAACGACGCCAUCGAUCACACGAAUUCUUGCAUCCCAUCCUAUUCUUGACAUUGGCGAUUGUGACUUCUACCACCAAUGGCUUUGCACUUCCCUUGUUUUUGCUCAAGAAUAAUCAGAAUGCUUUGAAAAAGACCACGACCUCGGACUUGGAGUCCACUCGAUCUGUCAGUGGUGGCACCAAAACCGUCAGUGGUACUACGGAGAAUACGAAUAAUAAUAACAACAAUACAGAUGACGAGGACGGUGCCAAUUGGGAUUCCUGGAUGAGAAAGGGACGCAAAACGAGUUCUCUUGUCUAUCGGGAACCAGAAGAAUUGGGAGGGAUUGUUCGUCCCGAUCGUUACUCAUCCAGAGAUUGGCUGCACAAUACACUUUCUCUUCCCAACUCUGCCAUUUUGCGUUCCAUCAAAAUCCCAGUUCUAUUUAUGACAUCUUGGGCCACCUGCCUGUCGUUGGUCCAUCGUCACCUCCUGAAAACAAAUCCUCUGGCAGCCGAAAUGAUGUGCAUUGUCACCACACCGCACCAGCUCAUGGUGUCGGCGCUGUCCUUGCUCUUGGUCUUUAAAACAAACUCGGCCUACCAACGCUUUGCGGAAGGCCGCAAAAUUUGGGAAGAUAUUAUCAACCAAUCUCGCGACUUGUAUCGAAUGAUGAUGCUGUAUGAAAAUCAAAUUGGCAAGGGGAAACGACGACGCCUGCAACGCUUGUUGGCAGCCUUUCCAUACUUUUUGAGACAUCGGAUUCGACCCAAUCUCGUCAUGUAUCGGUUGGACGAUGAGGAAAAUGUGCGAGAUCCCAAAAAUACCAUUGUGCUCUACCAGGACAAGGCGGUCAGCGAUUUGGAUCCCGAUGCCACAGCUGUGGCGACUCAAGAAGAGUCGGAAGGAAAUUCUCGGCGUCGUACACGGCCACUCUAUUGGGUCGAUCGACGCACACUUCCUUGGCGACUAUUGCCGGAAUCCGCCAUGGAAUCCUGUGCCCGGGCCCAAAAUCGACCCCUUUGGGUCUGCGACCGCAUGGCCCAAGAAUUGCGAAACGUACCCGAUCAACCUGAAUUUAGUGCGAGGGAACGGCUGUCGCUAAUGGCCCGGGUCGAAAAAUUGUCGGGGUGUGUGGGAGCCUGCGAACGGAUUCAUCAAACGGCAGUUCCCUUGAAUUAUGCGCGGCACUCGUUGCGAGCCUUGACGUUGUGGUUGUUUACCUUGCCAUUUGCUCUGGUGUCUUCUCUUAAACUCAUUACAGGUCCCGUCAUCUUUUUGAUUAGCUGGUUGUUGUUUGGUGUUUAUGAAAUUGGGUAUUCCAUUGAAGAUCCCUUUCAAGGAACCCUCCGAUUGUCGGUUUUGUGCGAUUCGAUUCGACGUGAUGUUUUGGCGGAUGAAAUGAUUCGCAACACUGCCUUUCAACUGGAGGACGUUCCUACUGUCAUUCCAACGGGAGAAUCGGACUAUGAAACUACGCCCAUUUCGGAUAGUGAGGAACAACAGAAGAAGGCAAAUGAACCCGUUCCAAUUCCCGAUAAUGACACACCAGCACUCAGUCCCCCCGUAGCCAGUGCGGAGAGCGUACCACCACCACCGCCACCACUACCAUCAGCCCCAGAGGAAGCAACAACAACAGCAGCAACAACAACAACAACAACCACGACACCACCACCACCACCAUCCGACAAUGGUAGUAGGAUUGAAGUCGAGGAGCUGCCCGAGCUACCCUCGAGAACCAAUGGACAAUUUUCGGAUUCGCGGCGCCCAUGA